GGCGCCUCGGUCUGCGUCAAGUAUGGGCAGAGCACGACCAGCCGCAGCUCGGUAGCCGAGAGCAGCGGCGGCGAGCAAAGCCCGGACGAUGAUAGCGACGGGCGCUGCGAGCUGCUGCUACGUGGCCCCGGCGGAGGUAGCGGCUCCGGAGUCGUCGUCAGCUCUGGGGGCGCCCUACUCAAGGCGCCUGAGGGCGGCGCCUGCUCCAAUAGCCACCACGGCGGCGGCGGCGGCGGGGGCAAGAAGUCUAAGGAGCAGAAGGCGCUGCGACUCAACAUCAACGCCCGCGAGCGGAGGCGCAUGCACGACCUGAACGACGCGCUCGACGAGCUGCGGGCCGUCAUCCCUUACGCUCACAGCCCCUCGGUGCGGAAGCUCUCGAAGAUCGCCACGCUUCUCCUGGCCAAGAACUAUAUUCUUAUGCAAGCGCAGGCCCUCGAUGAGAUGCGCCGCCUUGUUGCUUAUCUCAACCAGGGCCAGGCUAUUUCGGCUGCCUUGUUGCCCCCCUCCUCGUCCGGCGGAGAGCUUUCUCCGUGCUCCUUGCGNNNGGCUCUCGGGGCCUAUGAGCAGGCGGCGGCAGGCUACCCUUUCAGUGCCGGCCUGCCGCCCGCCACCUCUUGCCCGGAGAAAUGUGCCAUUUUCAAUAGCGUCUCGUCCAGUCUCUGCAAACAGUGCACGGAGAAGCCUUAA